UUCAAGAAAUUGGUUAAAAGUAAUUUUUCUUCGCACACAUGUUUGAUACAACGCACCAAAAUAGCUGCAGGAAAUGACUCAACCAUCCCGCAUUCCAUCACACUUGAACAAUCUCAAACAAAGACAAUGCAAGCGCGCUGAUUGGUCAAAAGGUCACGACUCAAGCAUAUUAUUACGUAUUCAGAAUUGUAGUGUUUUAUUCCCUCGGGAGCACCGUUGAAGUAAAGCUCUGUCCCUUUGGGAGUUGAAUUCGCUCAUUCUGACUGGAUCUCGCGUUCUCCAGGAACAAAGACCUUAGGUUACUUUAUUGAAGAUGAACGUCGGAGUUUAAACAAACGUAAAACAGUUCGAGCGGCGCGAAAACUGUCUUGGACGUAGUCACUGACGAUACGACUAACAAAACUCUAAUACAGAAGCGCGCUGAUAAUCACUGCAAGAGGUUUACAUUUGGCGCAAUUUACGAGUCUCAGAAAUGCAAGAACAACCUGAUAGUACUAUAAAAGACGGAAGAAGAAUAAAUCCUUGGAUUCCACAGCCUGGACUAGAGGAUCAUACAACUCCAGGUCAACCCUCUGUAUUAUCAAGAUGCAGCUUCGAGAAGCAACCUCCAGCAAAUUUACGUAAAAGUAAUUUUUUCCACUUCGUUCUGGCGUUCUUCGACCACAAUUCGCAACCACUGGAGAUAGAACACGCACAGUUUGUUGACUUCAUCGAGCAUACACAGGAGGACAGAAAAAUCAGAAAUGGUGUCCAGUACCGCUUAGGGCUUAUUUGUAAUGGAGCGAUACGUGUGGAACAAGAUAUUUUUAUACGCCUUGUGGAAUGUAACACCAAACAAAUAAUUGCUUACGAGGGCCAAGACAAGAACCCCGAGAUGCGACGGGUUUUGUUAACACACGAAGUAAUGUGCAGCCGUUGUUGUGAUAAAAAAUCCUGUGGCAACAAAAACGAGACUCCUUCCGACCCUGUGAUCGUCGACAGGUAUUACCUGAAGUUCUUCAUGAAGUGCAAUCAGAACUGUCUCAAGAAUGCUGGCAAUCCACGGGACAUGCGGCGAUUUCAGGUUCAUGUUUCUACAUUACUGGACCACCACUCUGGGAUGUUGGCAUGCUCAGAUAAUAUGUUCGUACACAAUAACUCAAAGCAUGGCAGAAGAUCUCGUCAACUCGACUCAGAUGGAUUAUUGUCAUUACCCUGUAUAAAAGCAAUCUGUCCAAAUGAGGGUUGGACGACAGGAGGCACCAAUGUAGUUGUCAUUGGUGACAAUUUCUUUGAUGGUCUACAAGUUGUCUUUGGUUCCCUGAUAGUCUGGAGUGAGCUCAUUACCCCUAAUGCAAUCAGAGUACAAGCCCCUCRCCGCCCAAUUUCAGGUGUGGUUGAUGUAACACUCAUGUACAGAAACAAGCAAUAUUGUAGAGGAGGUGCAGCUGGAAAAUUCUGUUAUACAGCCUUGUGUGAGCCUACGAUUGAUUAUGGAUUCCAAAGACUUGUAAAAGUAAUCCCUCGUCAUCCUGGUGAUCCAGAAAGGAUACCCAAGGAAAUUGUCCUUAAGAGAGCGGCAGAUUUAGUAGAGACCUUCAUACAAUAUCAAAUGCCCCGUACCGCCGCACCGUACUCGGGUACCGUGCUAUCAACCCCCAAAUCCCCUGCAUUGGUCGGAGGCCAACAUUACGUAACUAUGUACCAAGAUGGCAUGUCUAACGGGUACAACCAGAUAGAAAACCAGUUAGUCGCCUACUCGAAUAUAGAGAAUACACACGGCAAUGAAGACAACCAAAAUCCCCACCAACAUCAAAAUACACACCCAAGUAGUCAUCAAGAAGGACCCACCAGCUCACCCCAAACAGACGUCAACAACAACACUGUGGAGAUGCCUUCCAGCUGUUCAAGUAUCCCAACACGAAUCGUUUCAACCGUCUCUAUACCUAAUAUCGGUAAUCAGAACAUUGAACCUCAGCAGCCUAUCCACUCCUCCGAGACUCAGACCUCAAAUAAUGCGGUGGUUUCUAUGACGACCGUUCCAAACAGUUCCAAUGGUUACCAUAGCAAUAUACCUAUAACAGCUCUACAUAACAUGAGCGUUCCUGCAUCACCAGGCUUCUUUACCACCAACGGAACAUUUAUUUCCCAGUCGCCAUCGUUACCGCCAACGCCCAACAGUGUCCCACCGAAUGGUAACCCGGGAAUUUUCACGUUUCCAUCAAAUAUGAUUCAGACCAUCAAGCAGAAGAGUGCUUUUAACCCGGUUUCAAGAGCGCAAAUGAUUUCCGAAGUUCAUAAUAAUGAAAUAUCAAGUAGCCCUAUUAUUGUCCAAGGUGUGGUCUCUUCACAGUAUGGAAGCAACUUCGCCAUACCAUCAACUGCUUAUGUUAAUGCAUCAUCGAAAUCCUAAGACAAGAGAACAACAAAUGUAUUUAACAUGGAUCCAUGUGUUUUAUAUUUUUGCUGCAUCGCAGAGCAAUGGCUACUUCACAUCAAAGGUUGAGAUUUUAUUUUAUUCAAACCAUCUGGACCACAAAUGCCUCAGGCGCAUUCGUACUCGAAUAUAGAAUAUACAUUCUUCCUAGUCAUACAUCUGACAACACGCAUUAUUCAAAUUGAUUUGCGCGCCACGCAUCACCGCAAAGAAGUUUGGAUAAUAAACAGAUCCUCCUGAUUGACUAGGUAAAAUAGUUUUCUAUGGACAAUCUUUUUAUUGAAAAAAGACAAAUUUGCGCGAUCAGAGCAAAACUACACAGCAAGAGAAAACUAAUCUGAAAAUAUUAUAAUUUGCUGAAAUUGAAUAAUUUAUUAUUAUUAUUAUUAUUAUUUAGUGUUGAAUUGGGUGAUAUCGACUGAAGACAGUCAAAAUAAUAUAUAAAAUGUACACAUUCUGCAAAUGGUUGUUAUGGUGUUCAGAGAACGGUAUUUUUUAAUAUGUUGUUGAGUUUUGAUGACGUGUGCAUGUACAAAGGAUGGGAGAAAGAAAGAAUGCAGGAAAGAAAGGAAGGAAGAAAGGAAGCAAGAAAGAAAGAAA